AUGGCUUCAUCGCUCUACAACAUCAAUGUCUGCUCCCCCUUCUCAUCUCAGAGACUCACCACCAAGUUUCCAUCCAUGUUACGAACUGAAAGGGCUUACCGUAAUAGCAUAAAGGCUAUGGCAGAAGGGAAGGACAAUCUCAAUCACUUGCGGAAGGCAACCCAGAAGCAAACCCAGUUGAAAGAGAAAUCAGCUAAAUCUGCACCCGUAGGUAUAUGGGACAGAUUUCCCACUGCUAGGACAGUGCAACAGAUGAUGGAUACAAUGGAGAGGAUGAUAGAGGACCCUUUCGCAUACAGUAGCAGUUGGCCAUCCGUUUCCACAAGAGAGAGAAACAUUUACAGUAAGGGAAGGACACCAUGGGAGAUAAAGGAAGGGGAACAGCACUAUAAGAUGAGGUUUGAUAUGCCUGGAAUGACUAAAAAUGACGUCAAGCUAUGGGUUGAAGAUGCCAUGCUCAUUGUGAAGGCAGGGAAGGAUGGUGAAGACAAUGGCGAGGACAAAGAAGAAUGGCCUGCCAGGAGUUUUGGUAAAUAUAGCAGCAAAAUUGCACUGCCAGAGAAUGUCAAGUUCGAAAACAUAUCGGCAGAGGUGAAAGAUGGUGUCCUGUACAUAACUAUUCCAAAGACCAGAACCACAAGCAAAAUAAUAGAUAUUUCUGUACAAUAAAUUUCGUCACUGUGAUGAUAUAGAAAAAUUCUUAUCAGAGCA